AUGCGUGCACAGAUCUGGAGCAGGGGUUUAGUGUUAGGAGUCUUGGUGUUUGCUCUCGUCUUCGUAUUUGUUUCUGCAGAUGAUGUUGUUGUGCUCACUGAAGAUAACUUUGAGAAGGAGGUUGGUCAGGACAGAGGAGCACUUGUUGAGUUUUACGCUCCUUGGUGUGGGCACUGUAAAAAGCUUGCCCCUGAAUAUGAAAAGCUCGGUUCCAGCUUCAAGAAAGCCAAAUCUGUUUUAAUUGGCAAGGAGUAUUUCAUCAGGCAUAUAGACGGAUAUGCUUUGAACACAGCAAGCGAGAAGGAAAGAGUAAUUAACUAUUUAGAAGUAGCCAUUGAACACCGGGUUUGUGAGGGAGUUAGGCUAGAAUUGUGUGUAGACAACAAAAUAGGGUUGCUUCCUGACAUAAUAAGAGUUCUGAGGGAUUUAUAUAGGUAUAUACAACAUCAAAAAAGGGAAGUACUACUAGAUUUGAUUUGUUUAGUUGGGCCUGGUGAAUCAAUCCUAAUUUCACCUUGAUUACCAGUUAAGACAUCAACCUUACCCAACUUAGUGAUGGCACUCAUAAAGGCAUUGUUAAAUGCUGCUUCAUUUGAUGCAAACAAGUUUACCAUUGACUUAGUCCUUGGAUCUGUGAAGAGCACUUGAUCAGAGGUGAAGAGACCCUUUCCUUGCUGCAAGUUCUUGAAGUAUUGGUUGUCAAACUUUUGGAAUGUGACUGGGUCCAUGUUUAUGGCAAUUCUUGGAUCAACUUUAAGUGGACACACUUGUCUAAGCUGGAAUGCAUAUUGUAGAUUCAAAGAUGGAUCAAUUCUAUUUCUUGGGUUGAAAUUGUAUAUCCUAUUUGAGAACAUCCCACAGUGAGAGAAUCUAAUUGUAUGUGCUCUUGAUAUUCUCAAAAAAUCACAUUUUAAUCAUACAUCUAAAAUUAAUAAUAUAUAAAAAUACAUAUUUAGCAUUUUAUAAAGAUUACUCUGCUACAAAAAGGAUUUAUAGGUGGUGAAGAUCAUAAGGUCAAUCUUUGGGCAAACUGUAUAUGGUUACUUACUCUCAAGAGUACAAGUCUCUUCUUGCAAAAUCUGUGGAUUUAUUGUAUAAAGCUGAGGACAUUACCAUUUGACAAAGGACUUUAAGUUGGAUGUCACAAUUGGGCAAUAUGAAACUUAAGCUGAUAUAAUAGACCUAUGGGCAUUGAGGUUCUUGAUCUCCCAGGGGUUGCUUUCCGAAAAUUUAGUGAAGACCAUGUAUAUUUCUUUUCUUGCUUCCGCUCGUGCAUUUUCGAUUAGAGGAGGCUCAUGGGAAAUGAUAAGCAAUGCAGUUCAACUGGAUACAUGAGAAAUGAGGGUUUUUGGUGCACCUAGAUGAGACCGUUUCUGUUGAUUUUUCAAAGAUUAAAGAUGCAGUUGAAGGCCUGAGCAGGGAGAAACUCACCAUACAAGCCAUAUGUGAUGAGCAAGCUACGACUUUGCUUCUCCACAAAUACAGUGUCAUUACAGAAUCACAAGG